AAAUAGAUUUGAGAUGUCAGUGGGAGCCGUGUUAAGUGGAACGAAGUUGGCCAAAUCUCUGAAAGAGGCCUUACUCGUGGAAGUAGAUGCAGCCAGAAGGGCCAACACAGCUUUCAAGCCGGGUUUGGCCGUUGUGCAGAUCGGCGACAGAAGUGACUCGAAUGUGUACGUGGGUCACAAGAUGAAGGUAGCCAAUGAGCUGGGGUUCAAGGCCGAACAUGUGAAGUUGGCUGCCUCUUGUACUGAAUCAGAGAUCCUGGCAACAAUUGAGAAACUGAAUGAGGACAACAGCAUACAUGGCAUCAUUGUGCAGUUGCCACUAGACUGUUUGAACCAUGUAGAUUCUCUGAAGUGCACCACGCAUGUAGAUGCUGCCAAAGAUGUAGACGGAUUGCACCCGUUGAAUGCAGGAAAAUUAGCCCAAGGAGACCUUUCAUCCUCUUUUAUUCCUUGUACACCCCAAGGUUGCCUAGAGCUCAUCAAGUCAUCGGGCAUCUCGAUUAGUGGGAAGUCGGCCUGUGUCAUCGGCAGAAGCAAAAUUGUCGGUUCUCCCAUGGCCGACCUGCUCAAGUGGAACCACGCUACAGUCACAAUGUGUCACUCCAAGACACAAGAUUUGGACAAGAUCGUGAAGCAGAGUGACAUAGUGGUGAUAGCCAUCGGAUCUCCUCAGAUGUUGAAGGGAGAGUGGAUCAAAGAAGGGGCUGUGGUGAUUGACUGUGGCAUUAAUUCAGUGCCUGACUCUACUACUGUGAAGGGAUACCGACUGGUAGGUGACGUAGACUAUGAGUCAUGUGCGGAGAAGGCCUCCUUCAUCACUCCUGUGCCCGGGGGAGUGGGCCCGAUGACUGUAGUAAUGCUCAUGAGGAACACUUUCGAAAGUGCGAAGAGGUUUUACAACAUCAGCACUUCUGCUUCGAUGCGAAGCUGGAAGGAGACUUCAAUCCCUGUGGAAGUGAAGACUCCCGUGCCUAGUGACAUCCAAGUCUCCCGAUCUCAGACCCCCAAGCCGAUUGCCCGUCUGGCCGAAGACAUCGGACUUCUGCCCUCCGAGUACAGUCUCUAUGGAAAGUACAAGGCCAAGGUGUCUCUGGACGUCGAGAAGCGACUGGCAGCGUCGGUCAGCGGGAGCUAUGUUGUCGUCACAGGCAUCACGCCAACUCCUCUCGGCGAGGGAAAAAGCACAACUUCUAUCGGUCUUGCGCAGGGUCUGUGUGCGCAUCUAGGCCGCAACACCUUCGCAUGUCUCCGACAGCCGAGUCAGGGAGUGACGUUCGGCAUCAAAGGCGGAGCGGCGGGAGGGGGAUACUCCCAAGUUAUCCCAAUGGAAGAGUUCAAUCUGCAUUUAACAGGGGAUAUUCACGCAAUAACUGCGGCAAACAAUUUACUCGCUGCAGCUAUUGACGCGAGAAUGCUCCACGAGAGGAAUCAAGCGGACAAUGCGUUGUAUGGAAGGCUGGUGCCGGAGAUCAAAGGCCAAAAGAAGUUCUCAAAGAGUCAGCUGCGGAGACUAAAGAGACUGGAAAUUUCGAAGACGAAUCCAGCUGAACUUACAGAUGAGGAAAGGGUUAAAUUCUCUCGACUCAACAUAGACCCUGAUACAAUCACUUGGCAAAGAGUUGUGGACACGAAUGACAGACAUUUGCGCAAGAUCACCAUUGGCCAAGGGGAUUUGGAGAAUGGACACACGAGAACGACUCAGUACGACAUAGCAGUGGCUAGUGAACUGAUGGCUAUCCUGGCCCUCUCCUCUGAUUUGGAGGACAUGCAGCAAAGGAUAGGCCGCAUUGUGAUUGGUCAGGAUACAGAGGGAGGACCAGUGAGCGCGGAUGAUUUGGGGGUGGUGGAUGCACUGACUGUGUUGAUGAAGGAUACAGUGCAACCGACGCUCAUGCAAACUGUUGAAGGCUCUCCAGUGUUUGUGCAUGCAGGACCAUUUGCAAACAUAGCACAUGGCAACUCGUCAGUAGUAGCAGAUCGCAUUGCUCUCAAACUGGUCGGAGCGGACGGAUUCGUAGUGACUGAGGCUGGCUUCGGGGCUGAUAUAGGCAUGGAGAAGUUCUUCAACAUCAAGUGCAGGAACUCCGGACUCCAGCCGAAUGUGGUCGUAAUUGUGGCCUCUGUAAGGGCCCUCAAGAUGCACGGAGGAGCACCAAAGGUCACGCCGGGCCAGAAUUUACCCAGUGUGUACAAUGAACAGAGUCUGGAGAUGGUUGAGAAGGGUUUCUCUAACUUGGCCAAGCAGAUUCAGAAUGCAUCUUAUUUCGGAGUCCCAGUCGUGGUGGCAAUUAAUACUUUCGCGAGUGACACCAUGGAAGAGCUGGAACUGAUCCAGCGCUUAUCCAGAUCUGCCGGUGCCUUCGACGCAGUCAUUUGUGAACAUUUUUCCAAAGGUGGUCUGGGAGCUGUGCAAUUGGGAGAGGCAGUCAUCAAGGCAUCCAAACUGCCUAGCUCAUUCAAGUUCUUGUAUGAUAUCAAGACGCCGCUGGUUGACAAAAUUCGAAUAAUUGCUCAGAAGAUCUACGGAGCCACAGAUAUCUCGCUGACGGAGCAAGCGGAGAAAGUAGCACAGAAGUACGAGUCUAUGGGUCUGGGCAACUUGCCGAUCUGCAUGGCCAAGACUCACUUGUCUCUUUCCCAUAAUCCGGAUCUGAAGGGAGCGCCUACAGACUUCAUUCUCCCCAUCAGGGACAUGCGGGCCAGUGUGGGAGCUGGAUUCAUCUACCCACUCGUGGGAUCGAUCGCAACAAUGCCCGGAUUGCCUACUCGACCUUGUUUCGUGGACAUAGAAAUUGACCCCAAAACUCAAGUCAUUGACGGACUCUUUUAGACUCUAUUUUAAAAUAUUAUUUAUCUACCCAUGAACUUUUAUUAUGCCGCUGUAUCAGCAGAAGGGUAAAUAUAUUCUAGUUUGUAUUCUUUACCCUAAAUGAUCAAGGAUUUCUAAAAUUUGUGCAUUUGACACAUCCAGUAUUGAAAUUGAAGCCUGUAGUGAAAAUGUAAAUGUACACCUUCAA